AUGCGAUCUCUCAUUCCAUUUUUGUCUUUGCUAGUCCCUUCUGCAACGGCUGCGGCUAUCUCAAACGCCGCUCGAGCGACUGUCACCAAUGCAGCCUCGACUAAUCCGUUCUCCGGGUACCAGCUUUAUGCCAAUCCAUAUUAUGCAUCCGAGGUCUCAGCCUCCGCUUUGCCAUCAAUGACAGGGACAGCCCAAGCUGCCGCAAGUUCGGCCGCUGAAGUUCCAUCCUUUUAUUGGCUAGAUACUGCAGACAAGGUGCCGAUGAUGAGCACCUUCUUGGCCGAUAUUAGAGCCAAGAAUGAAGAUGGUGCCAGCCCGCCGAUUGCUGGCACUUUUGUUGUCUACGAUCUGCCUGAUCGGGACUGCGCAGCAUUGGCAAGCAAUGGGGAGUAUUCCAUUGACAAUGGUGGCGUUGCAAAUUACAAGGCAUAUAUUGACUCUAUCCGCGAGGUGUUGGUCGAGCACUCUGAUGUCCAGACCAUCCUAGUGAUUGAACCCGAUAGUUUGGCUAAUUUGGUGACCAACAUGGAUGUGUCGAAGUGUGCAAAUGCACAUGAUGCAUAUUUGGAGUGCACUGACUAUGCUGUCACUCAGUUGAACUUGGCCAAUGUUGCCAUGUACCUUGACGCAGGUCAUGCGGGAUGGCUUGGUUGGCCCGCUAAUCUGAGCCCAGCAGCUCAGCUUUACGCCAACGUUUACAAUAGUGCCUCUCAACCCGCGUCUCUACGGGGACUUGCGACCAACAUUGCCAAUUACAACGGCUGGUCUUUGUCUACAUGCCCAUCAUAUACCUCGGGAAAUCCCAAUUGUGAUGAAAAGAGUUACAUUAAUGCCAUUGCUCCCCAUCUUCAGAACGCAGGCUGGGAUGCUCACUUCAUAACCGACACCGGCCGCAAUGGAGUCCAGCCCACUCAGCAAAAUGCCUGGGGUGAUUGGUGUAAUGUGAAGGGAACCGGUUUUGGUGUUCGGCCAACCACUGACACAGGUGAUGCCCUGACGGACGCAUUUGUUUGGGUGAAGCCUGGCGGUGAAAGUGAUGGGACUUCAGACUCCAGUGCAGUUCGAUAUGAUGCACAUUGUGGGUAUAGCGACGCUCUUCAGCCUGCACCUGAAGCUGGCGCAUGGUUCCAGGCAUACUUUGCCCAGCUCGUAGAAAAUGCGAACCCUUCGUUUUGA